GAAUACUUGGAUAUAAAUAACAAGAGGAAUCAAAACUAGUCAAUCCUUAUUGGGCAGCUCAGCCAUGGUUGCUUCUUCCCUGAUCUCCACAAACUUCCUCUUCUCUUCUCCUCCUCGCUCCCCAAUCCGAAAGCUCACCAUUGUUUCCCUCCACAAAAUCCCAACCCCGUCUUCUUCACAUGUCAAACCCCACAAACGCUCUCUGCUUCCCUGCAGACCCUUGUGCCCUCCAUGUCUCAACAAGCUUCUCCUCACCACCAAGAAUCCAUUCUCGUUUGCCUUCGACUCCUUGCUCAUUCUCUGCACUUCUCUAGCUCUGUCCCUGUCCCUGCUCGUCGCCGACGUCGACUCGGCCUCUGCUUUUGUGGUCACGCCGCAGAGGAAGCUGCAGACGGAUGAGCUGGCUACGGUGCGGCUGUUCCAGGAGAACACUCCCUCUGUGGUUUACAUCACCAAUCUCGCCGCCAGGCAGGAUGCGUUUACUUUGGACGUGUUUGAGGUGCCGCAGGGGUCUGGGUCGGGGUUUGUGUGGGAUAAAGGUGGGAACAUUGUCACCAAUUACCACGUGAUUCGCGGCGCUUCUGAUCUCAGGGUCACUCUUGCUGAUCAGUCAACUUUCGAUGCAAAAGUUGUUGGAUUUGACCAAGACAAAGAUGUUGCGGUUUUACAUGUUGAUGCACCCAAAGACAAACUUAGGCCUAUACCAAUUGGUGUCUCUGCAGACUUGCUAGUUGGCCAGAAAGUGUUUGCUAUCGGCAAUCCUUUUGGGCUUGACCAUACCCUUACUACUGGUGUUAUCAGUGGACUACGCAGAGAAAUCAGUUCUGCUGCAACUGGUCGUCCAAUCCAAGAUGUUAUACAGACAGAUGCUGCCAUUAACCCCGGUAAUAGUGGGGGGCCACUUCUAGACAGUGCAGGGAGCCUUAUCGGGAUAAAUACCGCAAUAUAUUCUCCAUCGGGUGCAUCAUCCGGUGUUGGGUUUUCUAUUCCAGUUGAUACUGUAAAUGGCAUCGUUGACCAGUUGGUCAAAUUCGGGAAGGUCACCAGACCUAUUUUAGGAAUUAAAUUUGCACCCGAUCAAUCUGUUGAACAGUUGGGGGUCAGUGGAGUACUUGUCCUAGAUGCACCGGCAAAUGGUCCAGCUGGAAAAGCGGGAUUGCUACCAACAAAGCGUGAUUCCUAUGGCAGACUCAUAUUGGGUGACAUUAUAACUUCUGUGAAUGGAAAAAAAGUCACCAAUGGCAGCGACCUGUAUAGAAUUCUUGACCAAUGUCACGUGGGUGAUAAGGUGAUUGUAGAGGUGUUGCGUGGUGAUCAGAAAGAGAAAAUCCCUGUUGUACUUGAACCGAAGGCUGACGAGUCGUGACUUACCAAAUGGUUGGGCUCGUGUAUCUAAAAUGUAACACAUAUCAGAUGAAUUGCCAUUUGUUCAUAUGUAUACUAGCUUGAUGAUAAGGGUUCUCUGGUACAUAAUUUAACUGCUGUAAUUACCCCUUAUGCUUUAUAUGUAGUUCAAUGCAUAUGAUGUAGAAGAAGUACGUGCACAAAACAGUGCCCUUUUAUGUCA